ACAAUCGCUUGAUAUUAGCGAAACCACAGAAUUUCUCUUUAUUAUGCAAGUACAAUAUACUUCACUUUAGUUGGCACUCUCCUUAAUACAAUGAAAAAAUAUGUUUUCUCUUGGUGAUUCUAUUGUCGUCUCUUGCCAUAUGCAAGAGACUGACCAUUAAUUUUCUUGGCAAUGAUUUUUCCGGGGCAGGUUGCCAGGUCUUUCCCAACCCUCCCCAUUACAUGGCUUGGGACUCACACAUUCACACCUACGGACAACUUAACGUCUCCAAUUCACUUAUACUGCACUUAUAUUAUCACUUAUACUGAUUGGGGGAGAAACCAAAGCAUCCGGAGGAAACCCAUGCUGACACCAGGAGAACAUGCUUCAAUUGAGGUUCAUUCUCGUGUUACGCAGCACGUUUGAGCUUCCAAAAGAGCCAAUGAGGUUCAUUCUCAUGUUACGCAGCACGUUUGAGCUUCAGCAAGAACCAGUGAGGUUCAUUCACGUGUUACGCAGGACGUUUGAGCUUCCAAAAGAGCCAAUGAAGUUCAUUCUCAUGCUAUGUAGGAUGUUUGAGCUUCCACAAGAACCAGUGAGGUUCAUUCUCGUGUUACGUAGCACAUUUGAGCUUCAGCAAGAACCAGUGAGGUUCAUUCUCAUGCUACACAGCACAUUUGAGCUUCAGAAAGAACCAAUGAAGUUCAUUCUCAUGCUACACAGGACGUUUGAGCUUCAGAAAGAACCAAUGAGGUUCAUUCUCGUGUUACGUAGCAUGUUUGAGCUUCAGCAACAACCAAUGAGAAUCAUUCUCAUGCUACACAGGACGUUUGAGCUUCAGAAAGAACCAAUGAGGACCAUUCUCAUGCUACACAGCACGUUUGAGCUUCAGAAAGAACCAAUGAGGUUCAUUCUCGUGUUACGUAGCAUGUUUGAGCUUCAGAAAGAGCCAAUGAAGUUCAUUCUCGUGUUACGUAGCAUGUUUGAGCUUCAGAAAGAACCAAUGAAGUUCAUUCUCAUGCUACACAGGACGUUUGAGCUUCAGAAAGAACCAAUGAGGAUCAUUCUCGUGUUACGUAGCAUGUUUGAGCUUCAGCAACAACUAAUGAGGAUCAUUCUCGUGUUACGUAGCAUGUUUGAGCUUCAGCAAGAACCAGUGAGGUUCAUUCUCAUGCUACACAGCACGUUUGAGCUUCAGCAAGAACCAGUGAGGUUCAUUCUCAUGCUACACAGCACGUUUGAGCUUCAGCAAGAACCAAUGAGGACCAUUCUCAUGCUACACAGCACGUUUGAGCUUCAGCAAGAACCAGUGAAGUUCAUUCUCGUGUUACAUAGCAUGUUUGAGCUUCAGAAAGAACCAAUGAAGUUCAUUCUCAUGCUACACAGGACGUUUGAGCUUCAGAAAGAACCAAUGAAGUUCAUUCUCAUGCUACAUAGGACGUUUGAGCUUCCACAAGAACCAAUGAAGUUCAUUCUCAUGUUACGCAGCACGUUUGAGCUUCAGCGAGAACCAAUGAGGUUCAUUCACGUGUUACGCAGGACGUUUGAGUUCAGCAAGAACCAAUGAGGUUCAUUCUGGUGUUAAGCAUCACGUUUGAGCUUCCACAAAAACCAAUGAGGUUUACAUUAAACAAUACAAAAAGCCUGACUAGGGAUACUAGGGAUUUCUAGGGAUGUUUUUCAUCCUAACUGUCGGAUUGUUUAUUUGUGCUGGGUUGGAGUGUUAAAGUUAACAGUC